CUGCACCCGCUGCCCCUUGGGAGGCGAUGGCUCCUCCUCCUGCCAAUACCCAGUUCUACCAGCUACAGACCAAAUCGCCUGUAACUGCAGUUACGAACCAAUGGGUUUCUCUUAAGACUGGCUCCAGUGCCUACACUUUGGCGACACAGCAAGCUGCUGCCUCCAAGUUCUGGUACAGUCAAUACAAGCCUACUGGUACCUACGCUUUCUACAACACGGACGACACUCGGCAGGUCGCACUUCAGGGACCGAAUGGAACCUUGCUUUAUGUCAUUGAUGCCACGAACCCAAGCACCGGAAACAUUCCUGGAGGCCAGCUUAUGGAGUGGGCAACCUUCACGAUCGACAACAACGUCCUCGGAGUUAAGGAUGGCUCAACACUGACUAACAGGAGCUUUGUUGCUGUCCAGGGCGCGGACAAUGGAUACGGCCUUGCCUUCUAUGAUGGUGCAAGCCCAACCACUCAAAGAAUCACGCCUGUUACUCUCAACCUUGUCAAAGCAGCAUAGAGCAAAGGCAUGAGAAAGGGUAC